GUUUUUUCUACAUUCUCCAGAAUCUGAAAUCGAAUUCCUUAAUUCCCUAGAAGACCCAAAUUUCCCAUUACAAUCCUCAACAUUUAUGGGUUUCUGAAUCACAGGAAUUUUCUAGCAAUAUUCACAUGGAUCAACAAGACGAAGGGAUUUCUAAGACUGCAAAUUCGUAUAGUUUCCCAUCGUUGAACCAUUCGGCGUGGCUCGAAAUCAGGCUCUUCUAUGUUAGGGUCUCGCCCUGCGCCACCGACCACCUCGUCCUCCGCCACCCCCGCCGCGAAAUCGGGGCCUCCGUCGAGAUCAACGGCUCCCGCGUUCCCGCGGCCGUCACCCUCCGCCGCGAUCGCGUCGACCGGGAGUCUUCGGAGGUGACCUACGUCAGCACCGACAGCGUCCGCUUAACCGGCAGCGUCGAGUUCGAGGUGUACGAGGACGAGGUCUUGGUCCUGUGCGGGUCACUGGAGCGAAUGGAAGCUGAUUGGAGUGUGGAUUGCCACGUGGCGAUGCCGUCGUCGGCGGUGAUUUUCCGGCCGAAGCUCGGCGUCUCGGCGGCGGCUCCGUCGGUGGAGGUUUACGUUGCCGGGUGUUGCUCCGGCGUGCCGGUGAUUUUGUCAAAGACGAUUCAGAUGAGCCCGAGGAGGAGAUUGGCUAGGCAUGGCGUGCUUGAUGCCAUUCCUGAAGGUGAAGAAGUGGAGAAGGAACAGAAGACUGAUGAUAUCCUUCUUAUGCAGAUCAUGGUGUCGGAAGUUGAUGAUUCUGAGUUUGAUGGGAAGAUGGGGAAUGGUUUCUACUCUCAAGACAUGUAUCUGGGUGAGGAUGGACAACUUUCCUGGUUUAAUGCCGGGGUUAGAGUUGGUGUUGGAAUUGGUCUAGGGGUGUGCCUGGGUAUUGGAAUUGGUGUUGGGCUGCUCAUGCGUUCAUAUCAAACAACCAGCAGGAAUUUUACAAGACGAAGUAAGAUCCAAUCGUGUGCGGCAAUGCCUCACAGUAACAAUCCUGCACCUCCCCCCUUAGUGGUGACCCUAAACUGCAUCGAAGAUUGCUCCCUCGAACUCGAAUCUCUCGCCGGCAUCGCCGCCGUCGAGCAUGUCCCCCUCAGCCGCCUCUCUGACGGCAAGAUCGAGUCCGCCGCCGCCGUCUUACUACACUCCCUCGCCUACCUUCCACGCGCAGCUCAGCGCCGCCUCCGCUCCUAUCAACUCAUCCUCUGCCUCGGCUCCGCCGACCGCGCCGUCGACUCCGCCCUCGCCGCUGACCUCGGCCUCCGCCUCGUCCACGUUGACACCUCACGCGCCGAGGAGAUCGCGGACACUGUGAUGGCGCUGUUCCUCGGCCUCCUCCGUCGCACUCACCUGCUCUCCCGCCACGCACUCUCCUCCUCCGGCUGGCUGGGCUCCGUUCAGCCGCUCUGCCGCGGGAUGCGGAGGUGCCGCGGCCUCGUUCUCGGGAUCGUCGGUAGAUCUGCUUCGGCUAGGUCUUUGGCCACUCGCAGCUUGGCUUUCAAAAUGAGCGUGCUCUAUUUUGAUGUUCACACGGGAAAAGGAAAAGUAAACUUCCCCUCUGCAGCACGAAGAAUGGAUACUCUUAAUGAUUUACUUGCUGCAAGUGACCUUAUAUCACUCCAUUGUGCUCUUACAAAUGAAACAAUGCAGAUUAUUAGUGCUGAAUGUCUUCAACAUAUAAGGCCUGGAGCUUUUCUUGUAAAUACUGGUAGUAGUCAGCUUUUAGAUGAUUGUGCUGUAAAGCAGCUCUUGAUUGAUGGAACCUUAGCUGGAUGUGCUUUGGAUGGCGCAGAAGGCCCCCAAUGGAUGGAAGCAUGGGUUAAGGAGAUGCCUAAUGUGUUGAUCCUUCCACGAAGUGCAGAUUACAGUGAAGAGGUUUGGAUGGAGAUAAGGGAGAAAGCUAUAUCUAUAUUACAGACAUUCUUCAUUGAUGGAAUUAUUCCAAAGAAUGCCCUGUCUGACGUGGAAGAAGAGAGUGGGGUGGAUGAUGAAAUCGAACAAUCCGAUCAACAAUACAAAGAAAAUGCUUUACAGAUUAUUGUUAGAGAGCAAACAGAUGAUGUUCCAGUUAGUCCUGAAAGCUCCCAAAAGAAAGGAGGUAAUCAAGGGAAAGAGUCUUCAUCCCAGCUUCAGGUUUCAAGUUUGACUCAGAGUACCUCUGCUCGAUCCGAAGGAAGGCGCUGCAGGUCAGGUAAAAAGGCCAAAAAGAGGCAUACCCGUCAGAAGUCCCAACAAAAAUCAGAAGAUUCUUCUGUACUGGAGAAAGAAGGCACAUCUCAGAGAGAUGAUGCUGCUAUGAGCGGCACUGAUCAAGCUUUGAGCUCCAGCUCUGAAGACUCAAGAAGUAGAAAAACUCCAAUAGAAUACAUGCAAGAACCAAUUGCUACUCAAGUUCUAAAGUCAAGCAUGAGGCUUAGUGGAAAUUGUACUGAACUUUUGAGAGAUGGAUAUGUUAUAGCUCUGUAUGCAAGAGACCACCCUGCUCUUCAUGUCUCAAGACAAAGAGUUAAAGGUGGAGGUUGGAUCCUGGAUUCCAUGUCAAAUGUGUCAAAAAGAGACCCUGCUGCACAGUUCCUCAUCAUCUUCAGAAGCAAGGAAACAAUUGGCUUGCGAUCUCUUGCUGCUGGUGGAAAAUUAUUGCAGAUCAAUAGAAGAAUGGAGUUUGUAUUUGCCAGUCAUAGUUUUGACGUUUGGGAGAAUUGGACACUAGAAGGUUCCUUACAGGAAUGUAGACUGGUGAACUGUAGAAAUCCAUCAGCUGUUUUGGAUGUACGCAUCGAGAUUUUGGCUACUGCAGGCGAAGAUGGAGUUACACGUUGGGUUGAAUAGACUAGUAUGAAAAGUUUGUUCUACUUUAUCUAUGUAGAGUGAUUCCAGUUCUGUAUUACUCAAAAUGGAUGAGCUUGUAAAUCAUUUCUGUCCGGCGACUUGAUGAUCUUUCAAAUGUUUCUUUGUGAAAGAAUGGAAUGUAUUAAUAGAACAUUCUUUCUUUAGCCUUUUUUUUUUUAAAAUCAUUUAUUG